ACUAUAAUCUAUAACUCGAGGUUAUAUGAUCUGAAAUAACCCAACCCGACUUGAUUGCAUAUACCCGACUCAAUAGGAUCUCUCGGUAAGUGACAUAAUAUUUUAUACUAAAGUCGUGGUUUAACCGCUCAAAACCGUUAAAACCGCUUACCAUUUGAAUUCUGGUACCUGGUAGGGGUGUACAUGGGUCGAUUGGUUCGGGUUUGGUCAUUUUAAUCACCCGACCCGUAUACUACUGUUUUGAAAAUGUUAAAUCCAACCCAACAACAAAAAAAUGCUUUGAAAAUGUUUAAUCACCCGACCCGUAUACUACUGUUUUGAAAAUGUUAAAUCCAACCCAACCCGUAUACUACUGUUUUAAUUAAAACCCUACGAUUUGUUUAUAAUUGGGUUGGGUCGUGGAGAUACUUUUAAUUAAAUAUCAAACCUAACACAGAAAUGCAACUAUUAUACACUACGAAAAUAUUAUAUAACUAAUUAAGUUUUUAAACAAAUAAAUCGAGGCAAAAAGUUUCAAUAUGUAUAAAUAUUGUUUGGAUUUUAAUGAAAUGCAAUUUAUUUCAACAUAUGUCUAGUUUUUUCAUAAAUAUUUGUUGAAGUAAGCUAAAGUAGUUAUAAGCUAAUACAUUCAUAAUAUGUUGUUCUUCUAAAAUGGUACACACAAGAAAAAAAAUUACGUGAAUCAUAGCUUAUAUUACAUCUACGUCUAAAUAUUAAGUUGUAGAAUAUAUUAGACUAGAGAAACUACAAGAGAAAAAUAUGAUACAAUAGCUUACUUUUCUCACAAAUAUGUUUAUUUAUGAGACAAAUAUGUGUUGUAUACGAACAUUUAUGACAAUAGUUCAACACGGGUUGGGUCAGGUUCUACGGGUUGUGUUACUCAAAAUCCGAACUCAACUCAAUAGAGGAGGGUUGUACAAAAGAAAACUCUCACUAAAUCUUAAACUUUAAUUUUGAUGAUAAAUACGUAUGAGUUGGAUUGGGUUGGACGGAUGAAUCGGGUUGAAAGGAUGAAUCGGUUUACGAGUUGUUUGUUCACCCCUAGUACCUGGUAUUUCCUAUACAAUUGGAUGAAAAUGUACGGUAUGUAAAACAUUGAUUUUUUCUCGCAACCACAAAAGUGAGGGCAAGGUAAGGGAGGACUUUGGAAAGGGGGUGACUUGUCCAAAAGGCAACGAACCCGAAGGAAGGAAUCCUAAGAAAGAGAGGGAUAGUGGGUUUACUUUAGCCCCUGAAACGCCAUUGUUUUGGCCUUCCUAUGGAGACGUGCCUUGCCUGCUUCUGCUGUUUCUCUCCCGGUCUCGCAUCUCGUGGAAAUCUCCAUUUCACCCCCUGCCUGCCUGCCUUCCUUGCAAAAUUUGGGUCGAAAGUCGAAAAGCAACAUAGAGAGCGAAUCUAUUCUUUAAUCAUUAUGCCUACUAGGAAGGAGACGAAUGGAUUGCGAAUUGAUUAAGGGGAGGAAGGAGACCAAAAAGAGAGGAUAAUUGCGGGGAAGGCAUUAUGCUUAAUUAUAGGUGACGGUUGUUGAACAAAUCCUCUGUCUCGUCUCGAGAGCCAAUAGGAUGCAACCAAAUGGAGAGCUGCCUUUUGGUUUUGGGGGGUUUUCCAUGACAUUUUUCUGCCGGUGAGGUGUGACUGUUAACGGAAAUCAAGUAAACGGUGGAGACGACUGAACUGAUAGAAGGCGAUAGAGGACGAGAGAGAGAAUUUUGAGAUUUCAACGUCCCAUGGAGCGGCGGAGCUGAGCAGCGAGAGAGAGAGAGGGAACGAAGGAAUGGGUCUCAUCACUCAUAGAGUCGACAGAAGCGAAAUCCAGCCAGGAGAUCACAUCUACACUUACAGAGCCGUCUUCACUUACUCCCACCAUGGAAUUUAUGUUGGGGGAAGCAAAGUAGUCCACUUUACCCCCAAAAAGACGGCACAAUCUAGAGAUGCUUCUUCUUCUACUGCUGCAAUUAUUAAUACAGACUCGGUGCCAAGCAUUCCAUCAUCCUGCUGCGAGAUCUUUCCGGACUGUGGAUUCAGGCAGCCAGGCAGUGGAGUUGUCUUAACAUGCCUUGACUGCUUCCUUGGCAAAGGAUCUCUCCACUUGUUCGAGUACUCCAUCCAAACUUCGCUGUUCCUCACCAAACUGAGAGGUGGCACUUGCUCCACAGCAGCUUCCGACCCACCACAAUCCGUCGUCCACCGAGCAAUGUACCUACUUCAGAAUGGAUUUGGCAAUUACGAUGUGUUUCGGAACAACUGCGAGGACUUUGCUCUCUACUGCAAGACGGGCUUGCUGAUAACGGACAGCCAAGGUGUUGGGAGGAGUGGUCAAGCUUCUUCGGUGAUUGGUGCUCCUUUAGCUGCUAUUCUCUCUUCGCCACUCAAGUUGCUGAUGCCAAGUCCGGUGGGCGUCGCCACAGUCACUGCUGGGAUGUACUGCAUGAGCAGAUAUGCUACUGAUAUCGGUGUGAGGAGCGAUGUGAUUAAAGUAGCUGUUGAAGACUUGGCUGUUAACCUGGGUUGGGGAGACGAGACCGUGGAAGCCGGCGAUGAUGCUUCUUCUCAGCUCACUGAUUACCAUGUGAUUCAAAGGAAAGAUUAAAAGACUUCGGUAAUUCAUGAUCCUGCAUAUACAUACAUAUGCAUUCUUUUGAAUCAGCAAGUUGUUAUCUCUACUAAAAGCUUCUUUCUUUGAAGAAAACCCAUUGUUACCUUCUUGCGUCUGUCUGUCUGUCUGUCACAAGCAUUGGUGUUUGGUGAAGUAGGAAAGGGUCAAAUUAAAUUUCUGAUAUGGAACUUAUUAUUGUUCGUUCAACAUCAACUAUAAGAGUAAGAUUUAUAUAUUUUAGCUGCUCUGUAUGUACAUUUGGUUCGGAUCGGUUGCGUAGCGCAUUCCAUGAUUGGGAGCUCCUUCAGCGUAUCCUAUAUUGUGCAGUGACCUGCUCUUCCUCUUUUCCACUUUAGAUUAUGUCAUCAUGGUAGUUGAUAAAUAACCAAAGAACAAAAAAGCUGUCUACCCACUUGAACCAGCAAUGACAAUGAAUAAGAUGGAAUGCUGGUCAGGAGGAUAAGUUCUGCCUAGUGGAGCAACUAAUUAGAUUUAUUAGUUACUACUGCUUACUGAUAAUUUCCCUGUCCCAGCAAAUCAGACAUAUAACUGAUUUCAGUAUCUGGGUUACAUUAUAAUCAACCAGACUUGCUUUUCUGCUGUUCAGUGCUGUGCAAUGAAUAGAGUUGUGAUUA